AUGGCUAAGGUCGUGCCACCUUUCGAUCAACCAGGGCACCCGAAGAGCAUUGUCCACGGUACAGGCCUCAAGCUCGCCAAAGGUGUCAUAAAGGCUGGCCGAGAGUUCCAUUCCGAAAAUCCAAGAUUGGAAGUGCAAGGGUGGGACCUCAACAGUCCUGAAAACAGCCCUGAACGCGGCAGUCUCCUCGAGCAACUCUUUGACGAUGUCUCCACGGCUUUGAAGGAGUUUCUCGAUGGCACUGCUAACGUCCCACCGUCGCCGGAGAUGACAAACGCAGUAGUAGGUACGUUCUGGCGGUAUGCCUACGCCUUUCCACCAAACGCAGAGGCGUCAACGCUUCGCCUCUUCCGCCAGUUCGCCCUGAUCAACCACUCCUGCUUGCCAAACGCCGUAAUGCACUGGAGCACCGAACGCCAGCAGGUGGUGCUCCGUGCAGUGCGUGAGAUCAGCCACGAGCGGAAGGACGAGAUCACAGUCUCCUACAUUGACCAGUUCCAGCCUCGAGCCCAACGUCACGCGGAUUUCGGGUUCACCUGUGUCUGCGAAGUGUGCGAGAUGCAGGGCACCGUGGGGCUGGACGGGGAAGAGUCGUUCGUCAAGCGGUCGACUGAGUUACGGGAGCUUACGCCUUUCGAGCUGAGCAUUUCAAGAACGACGCCGAAGGGAUGGAGCUUCUUUCAGCUGAGGUACCACGUCAUGUCUGCAGGAGGGUUGUACAACAGCUCGGAAAGCGUUCGCAAGGACUGGAUUGAAGCAGCUUUCUCAAACAAAGUUCGGGAGAUGGAGAUGCUCUGGGUUUGUUUUGGUUUGCAUCAUCCCAGGACGAAUGCUGUCGUGCUCCAAACGUUCAAGCUUGCGGAAGGUUCUUCUGAGAGAAAAGAGAAGCUGUAUCCAGUGGUGAAGAAGCUUGGUGGUGUUGUGACUGUGAUUAUGGGAGGGGGCUCUGGUCCGACGAAGCACGCCUAUGAAAUCAGGUAG